AUGUCUUCCGCGUCAUCGGCAGCUCCUGUUAGCCAAGAAGAGUCUACGACUAGUUCCGGUUCCGAUGAGUACGAUGACGCGAUUGAGAGUGUAGCGAUUGCAGUCGUUCAACUCGCAAUGCGAGUUGCCCAAGACGCGCCCCCGAUUCGGCCAAUGGGCUUCUUUCGUCGAACAACACUUGUUCGACGAAGGGUAGAGGCAAAUGAUAGAUUGAUGCGUCAUUACUUUUCUGAGAAUCCCACGUAUAAUCCAAGACAGUUUAGGCGACGUUUUUGUAUGUCGAAGCGUUUAUUUUUGAAGAUAAGUGGUGACGUGGAGGUGGAAUAUCCAUAUUUUCAACAAAGAUACGACGCGACGGGAAAGUUGGGUUUCAGCGCCAUACAAAAGUGUACAUCCGUACUUCGACAGCUAGCAACAGGACAAACUGGUGACCUUUUCGACAAGUAUUUGGAGAUGUCGGAAAGAACUUCACGCGAGACAGUUGAGAAGUUUUGUAGAGGUUCCUUUUACGUAAACGAGAACUUCUACAAGACUGAAUACUACCUGACAGACGAUAUAUAUCCUGAAUACACCACGUUUGUGAAUAGUUUCACCGGCCCGUUUGAUGAAAAACGGCAAUUGUUUAAGCGCAAGCAGGAGUCGGCACGCAAGGUUGUUGAGAGGGCGUUCGCCGUCCGAGACAGGGAAGUACACAAUAUGCUGAAAGCGGAUUUGGUUGAUCAUCUAUGGGCGAACAAGAGGCGUGGCGGUGCACAACCCAACAACGAGCUCGAGUUCAACCUAAACAACUAUGUUAGCGAUGAGGAGUAG